CAGGUCAGGCUAUCUACUGCGACAAUGGGUGAGGCGGAGGCACCGCCCUCGCCGGCGGUGAUGUCGAGGUCGGUGUUCUACGACGGCUGCCCCGGCUGCGCCAUGGAACGGAAGCUCGAGAGCAGCAAAGGCAUCCCCUACAAGGAGUUCAUCUUUGUUGGCAUCACCACGAUUGCCUCGUCUUUACCAAUAUCCUCAUUGUUCCCAUUCUUGUACUUCAUGAUAGAAGACCUACAUGUGGCAAAAAAGGAACAAGAUAUUGGAUUAUAUGCUGGAUUCCUUGGUGCAUCAUAUAUGGUUGGGAGAUGUUUUGCUUCACUCUUUUGGGGUGUGGUGGCCGAUCGUAUAGGGAGGAAACCUAUAAUUAAAUUUUCUAUUUUAUCAGUUGUCAUCUUCAACACUCUGUUCGGAUUAAGUGUGAGGUAUUGGAUGGCAAUUGCCACGAGAUUCCUUCUUGGUGCUCUAAAUGGCAUGCUUGCCCCGAUAAAGGCUUAUUCCAUUGAAGUUUGUCGACCUGAACAUCAGGCUCUAGGAUUAUCAAUCGUAAGCACUGGUUGGGGCAUAGGACUUGUUGUGGGUCCAGCCAUUGGAGGCUACUUUGCACAACCUGCUAAGCAAUAUCCAAACAUAUUUUCUGAGAAGUCCAUUUUUGGGAGGUUCCCAUACUUCUUGCCAUGCCUUUGUAUCUCACUCAUCGCUCUUGUUGUUCUAAUAAGCUGCAUAUGGCUGCCAGAGACACUUCAUAAGCAUAAAAAUGUUGAAGGUGGAAUUGAAAUGAUUGACAACUCAAGAAGUACACUUGAAGAAGAUUCACAUAAACAGAAGAAUCUGUAUAAAAAUUGGCCAUUGAUUUCCUCUAUCAUUGCAUAUUGUGUUUUCACGCUUCAUGAUACAGCAUAUAGUGAGAUAUUUUCCUUAUGGGCUGUAAGUGACAAAAAGUACGGUGGAUUAAGUUUUUCAUCUAAAGAAGUUGGCCAAGUUCUUGCAGUUGCAGGUGCUGGUUUGCUUGUGUACCAGCUUUUCAUCUACAGAUCAGUUCAUAGAUUUCUUGGAUCUGUCAAUUCAUCUCGUGUUGCUUCGGCUUUGUCCAUACCAAUUCUUGCUGCAUAUCCCUUUAUGACACACUUGUCAGGGUUUAGACUUGGGAUAGCUCUUUACCUUGCUACGAUUUUAAAGGGUGUUCUAUCGAUAACUAUCAUAACAGGCACUUCCCUACUUCAAAAUAAUGCAGUGUCACAAAGUCAAAGAGGUGCUGCGAAUGGUAUAUCUACAACAGCAAUGUCCUUCUUCAAGGCAAUUGCUCCAGCAGGAGCAGGCGCUCUGUUCUCUUGGACCCAAAAACGCCAAAAUGCAGCCUUCUUUCCAGGGGAUCAAAUGAUAUUCUUUAUUCUGAAUUUGAUUGAAUUAGUUGGACUUGUGCUGACCUUCAAGCCGUUCCUGGCAAUACCAAAUGCCAUGGCUCAGGGUGGCAAGAAGAAGCUGGCCACGUUGGUCGGCUGCAACUACGCCGGCACGCCCAACGAGCUCAAGGGCUGCAUCAACGACGUCGUCGCCAUGCGCGACAUCCUCGUCGCCCGCUUCGGCUUCGCGCCGGGCGACGUCGCCGUUCUCACUGACGACCGCGGCUCGCCGGUGCUCCCCACCGGCGCCAACAUCAAGCGCGCGCUGGCCGACAUGGUCGCCCGCGCGGCGGCCGGGGACGUGCUCUUCUUCCACUACAGCGGCCACGGCACGCUCGUCCCGCCGGUGAAGGGGCACCACGGCGGGUGCGACGAGGCCAUCGUGCCCUGCGACUUCAACCUCAUCACCGACGUCGACUUCCGGCGGCUCGUGGACCUGGUGCCGCACGGCGCGAGCUUCACCAUGGUGUCGGACUCGUGCCACAGCGGCGGCCUCAUCGACCUCGAGAAGGAGCAGAUCGGCCCCUCCGUCCUGUCCGGCGGUGCACCGGCCGCUGCUGGUGCUGAUUCCACUCCAGCGGCCACGCGCGGCGCCACUGCCCGGUUCAUACCGUACAGCGCCGUCAUCGACCACCUCUCCGGCGUCUCGGGCAUCGACGCCGCGCACCACGUCGCCGAACACCUCCUCGCGCUCUUCGGCACGGACGCCAGCGCCAUGUUCCACCACCACGACCACGACGGCAAACAGCCGGCGCGCCCCGACGACGGCAUCCUGCUGAGCGGGUGCCAGACGGACGAGACGUCGGCCGACGUGCCGGAGGACGACGAGGCGGCGGCGGCGGGCGGCAAGGCGUGUGGGGCGUUCAGCAACGCGAUACAGACCGUGCUGGCGUCGCACCCGGAGCCGGUGAGCAACCGGGAGCUGGCGACCAUGGCCAGGAAGGUGCUGAGCGAUCAGGAGUUCGAGCAGCACCCGUGCCUCUACUGCAGCGACGCCAACGCCGAGGCACCAUUCCUGUGGCAGGAGAAGGAGGAGAAGACGGCCGCGGUCACCGCGGCGGCGGAGCCGGCCAUGUCGGCGCUCUGAUUUGUGUUCGACAGAGGCAGAUUGGCCAAGAACAGUGACUAAAAAUGAAUUUAACAAUAAGAUUUUACUCUUAUUUAUUCAAUGUCACAACAAGUUAAAUGUAUGCCAUCAAGCUGAAGGACGCAUGUUUAUUGAUUCUUGUAUUGAUGAAUAUAUCGUUAGUUCAUUAUUCUUACACA